UGUCGAUUCAGUUAUCCAAGAGCAUUCGAUCGGUUCGGUUCGGAGUUUCGAAGCGAGAAUUGCGUCGAGAAUAAGUGCCGUUUUAUGCCGUAGCAGUUGUGUUCUCGAGGUGACGCCAGCUUUUUUGUGUCGCGGGUCAUUUUUGCCCCAUUCAUAGCGGUCGUGUUCGUUCUGAUGCACGAAGGGUUUGAAUCGUUUGGUGGUGAGACCGUUCUAAAAGUGCGACUAUGAUGACGAUUAGGUUGUGAGAUUGUGUAUCCAGUCGGCUGAGUCGCACAUAUGGAUAUUGACCAGCGCGUGUUCGACGUCAGGUGGAAUAAAGGUGAUACGUUGUUAAUGCAUUUGGUGAGGCUCGUUUAUUGCGGUCUCGUGAACGAAAUUUCACAGUGUUAUACUGCAGGACGUAAAAGUGUUUAAAAGGUACGUUCAAAAGUGCUUUUUCCGUUUCGAUUAGUGAAUGUUCCUCAACACUAUACAGAUAAUAAAAACCAGCGAAGAAGCGAUAACUAGUGAAUUGAAAGUUGUAACGAGUUGCUUCAUGUGCAAGGAAGAUAACGAAUUUUGCCGGAAACCGGUUACGACAGAGCCAUCGAUGAUAAACAUCUCCGAACACAUCGAAUAGUGUGUGGUGGAUACAUCCAGUUCAAUACACUUACGCUCUCAGUGGGUAAUGCAUACCAACAUAGGAGAAGCCAGCAGCGUGAAAAUAAAAACCAUUGCACAAACAUCGUAACAAGUGUGACCAGAGAAAAUAGUGUUCUUUUCGGUUACGCCAGAAGCCAGCUGUCGGUGCACGACUUGCCUUGUCUAGCAAGCAUUCAAAUUAAACUUGAAGAACGCAAACAGAGGCAAAGGCGCUUGUUUGCACAACAAAAACGGCAAAUAAAUUACUCGACUGGCAUUCCACUGACUGAUUUCAUCAGAGCGUAAAAAGCAUUUCGUGACUAGGAUUCUCGGUAAUCGUGGAUAAAGCUAUUAACACCCCACCAGCGCUGGGGACGAUUUGAGAUAGCAAGGAAACUAGACCGCGUAAGCCCAAGCCGAGAAACAAAAAUCAAAAAAAUGGCAUCAUGGACUUGAGUUCAUCAGUGCGCGCGAGUUUUGGUUCGCUGAAAGUGGAUGCGACACAGAAAGUUCGGGUGUGUGUUUCCGUUUCGCUGGAUAAAUAAAUAUUCAACCGGGCCAACGGAUUCACAGAUAACGAUCGAUGGUGACGAGUGAUAGCAGCGGUCGGAAUCGAAUUAGUGCAGGAUUAGUGAUUCAUGAUAACGGGAACGGUGAAAUCGCCCGCAGUGACGAGUGACGCGUGGUGCGGAGAGCAUCAGAAGAGUACAAUCAUGUCCGACAUCUGUGAUUUUGAGUGGUCCAACAACCGCUUCCGGCACAACCUGACCAUAUCCGAUCUGAAGGGUUACAACAAAAAUGAACCCACCGACCGGAGUAGGGCCCUGAUAGCGCUGAAAGAGCUGAUCGGGGCCAGUAUGGACUACGCCUUGAAGGAUAAGUCCUGCUUUCAGGACGAUGAGUUCUUGCUUAGAUUUCUGUACGCCCGGAAGUUCAAUGUGAAUGAUGCCUUUCAGUUAGUGAUCAAUUACCAUGCGUAUCGACAACGAAACGGUCCGCUUCUGCAGCGGUUAUCAGUGUUGGAUGAAAAUAUACAGUUAGCUUUGAGGGAUGGGUUCCCAGGUGUUCUACCAAACAGGGACCGAAGAGGCCGGAAAGUGUUGAUAUUCCUGGCCGGGAAUUGGGAUUACUCUUCAUACUCGCUAGUCACAGUGUAUAGGGCGAUGUUACUGUCGCUGGAAAAACUGCUGGAAGACAAACAGAACCAGGCGAACGGGUUUAUUGCGAUUGUGGAUUGGACCAACUUCACAUUCCGGCAAUCUUCCAACUUGAAUCCCAAAGUGCUGAAGCUGAUGAUCGAAGGGUUACAGGACUGCUUCCCGGUUCGCUUCAAAGCGAUCCACUUCAUCGGUCAACCGUGGUACGUGGAGGCGGCCCUCGCCGUAAUCCGACCGUUUCUCAAGGAGAAAACACGCGAACGGAUAAAACUGCACGGCGGAAACCUGUCCACGCUGCACGAUUGCGUCGCCCGGGACAUUCUCCCCACAGAACUCGGCGGCGAAGGGCCCACGUUCAAUCCGCUCAACUGGUACCAUGAACUGCUGGAAUCGAGUCAAAUCGCAACCAAACCUGCGCCAUCGUACAUUCUAAGUCAACCCCAGUACUACACCAAAUCCCCGGCGCCACCGACGACGCCUCUGGCACUGACGACAACGACCACAAUCUCAACGACGACGGGUUCAGAUUUCCUGAAAAGUACCAAAGCAGCCGCGGUAAAAAUCGGGGUGCUCACCACCAAGGCAAACGAUCCGGCCGCGAAUACCCUGCUGGGCGUGGGGAGCGACACGUGACGGUCAUUUACAAGCGGAUCGGAGCAACAGCAGCAAGAACAUCAAUCUCUGGUGACGACCAUGGUUCCGGAUGGUUCGGUAUCUCGAUGAUGCAAGGUCCUGAUCUCAAAUUACCAUGCAUUUGUUCAUUCAUUCAACACUUGUUCGUCGUAUUGCUGCGACGUAUACUCACCGCAAAAAUCAACGACGCGUUCUGCAUCACCGAAGACACCGAAACCAGAGAUAGAUUCAACCGUGUCCUACUUGUAACGUAGGACAACUUUAGAUCCUGAAAAAAAAUGCAGUUGCUUCGAGCUCCGGGGAAAGAUAAGGAUUGAGCUAAAAGUUCCUCGCGCCUCAUACCAUCGGGAUCCCGUCCAUUUAGACUUACGGACUUACGACGAUCGCGAGACGAUAAUUAACCAUCAACAGCCGCUGUCUUGAUCGUCACGCCGCCACUCCAGGCAUCGGACAUGUAUAGUAUCGUCAUUUUGUUAUCUGUUGCCACAGACAAACCGACAUAACACUUAUAACGGUUAUCAUUAUGAAUCCAUCUGGUGACCAUGUUAUACGAAAUACGAUUAUGUGCAACAAGUCCUGCAGAAGGCGCUAGUAUGAAACGUCGCGCCUCUGGUUGUGAGGCAUGGAACGUAGGAAGUUUGAAAGUGAUUGUUAAAAGCGUAGUCGAAGGAAAUUUCAUCAAUGUUACGUCGGUUUGUCUGUGCUGUUCCGCUCAGUCAUCAGGCAGCGGAUAUGCUAAUUAUUCGUACAAACGGAGUGAGCAAUCUACUGCCUCUAUCCGCCAUUUGAUUGGCGCAAAGACUCAAUCGAAAGCAUUGCUCCGGAUUAUCCCGCUGAUUCCCGGUAUGGGGAAUCGGUAUAAUGGAUGAACACAGGAAAGGAAGCAAAAAAAAGUCCAUGCUUGGAGAUCUACUAUUGCAAAUAUCGAAAAAAACAGUGAACUAAUUGAGCUUAUAUACUUCCACGAACUGAACAGUUAUAGGUUUAGGUAUCUACUAAUGAGUGCAUUAAAUAUUAGAGACUUUCAUAUAAGGAAGAAGAUGAUCAACAGAGCUUUACUAACGAUGCAUCUAGUGAGUUUCUUGUUUAUUAGAAGAAAAAAGUGAGAACAAUAGAGGUCUUGUAGCUUUUACGGCUAAACAUUUAGUAUGAUAUUACCGUUGGCGAAAAAAGUGUAUAGCUUGUCCUGUAUUUAUGCUCUAGGUUAAGUUUCGGUAAAGUAUGUAAAAAACUUAGAAAGCGAAGUAAGCAUUUAUCGUUCGAGCUGUUGAAUGUGGCAAUAAACUAAUGUUAUGAAAAAUCCGUCCAUAAGACAAAACUACAUUAGCUGCGUAGGAAUUGAGUCUUGAUUGAAAUCUUACAAAUUUUGAACGGACAGUAAUAUUAUCCUUAUAGUUACAAAUUCAAUAAGUUAAUACCUACUUUCCUGCAUGCCGUUCUACAAAGAUUCGUAGUAUAAGAUUUGCGUUAUUUGAAUAAAUCUUGAUUGAAAUGUAA